GCUGAAUUCUAGCCCACGCCCACUUCUGGGUGGCUGGAGCGGGUCCUCCUGCUGCCCCGCCCGCUCCUGCACCGGGGCUCCUCUCCCUGGCCUGCAGACCCUGGCCUCCCUACCCUGGGGGAAAACCCCACCUGGGAGGUAAGACCGCUGGCUGAGCUGCUUUUCGGCCAACCGAGAAAUGUAGAGUAUUUGGGGGCGUUUCUCACAGGUGGGCAGACUGUUAGGAUGGCGAGGGCCCAGUGUGGGUGCGUUGGUUCUCUCCAGAAGGUUGAUGUAUGGACCGAGAAGGUACCCGAGUGUUCUCCACCGCUUCCUAAAAUCUGACACCGUGUGGCCUUGGGGUGCAGGUGCUGGGUGUCCCCACAGCCACCCUCAAGACCGUAUCCUGAGGCAGCAAUUUGACAAAGCCUGCACCUCUGGCUUGGGCCCACACCUAUCUCUAAGGACUGAUUAGGGGGCUUUUCUUGUUGUUGUUGUUUUUUUUUUUUUUAGAGCCGCUGGAGUGCAAUGGCUGAUCUCGGCUCACUGUAAUCUCCGCCUCCCUGGUUCAAGCGAUUCUCGUGCCUCAGCCCCUGGAGUAGCUGGAACUACAGACGUGGGCUCCCACGCCCAGCUAAUUUAUGUGUUUUUAGUAGAGAUGGGGUUUCGCCAUGUUGGCCAGGCUGGUCUCGAACUCCUGGCCUCAAGUGAUCCACCUGCCUCCACCUCCCAGAGUGCUGGGAUUACAGGUGUGAGCCACUAUCCCCGACCCAGGGGGCUUUUCAAGAAUGAUUCAACUCGCAUAAUGUUUUAAAGCCACAAGCUGUCCUGGGGAGACGACCCCCCUCGAUUUUUUUUUUUUUUUUUUUUUCUUUCUGAGAUGGAGUCUCGUUCUGUCUCCUAGGCUGGAGUGCAGUGGCGCGAUCUCGGCUCACUGCAACCUCUGCCUCCCGGGUUCAAGCAAUUCUCCUGUCUCAGCCUCCCCAGUAGCUGGGAUUACAGGCACACGCCACCACGCCCGGCUAAUUUUUGUAUUUUUAGCAGAGGAGGGGUUUCACCAUAUUGGCCAGGCUGGUCUCAAACUCCUGACCUCAGGUGAUCCACCUGCCUCAGCCUCCCAAAGUGCUGGGAUUACAGGCGUCAGCCACUGCACCUGGCCAGAUUUUUUAAUACCAUUCUUGAACUAGGUGAUUUGACAACUUAGAAAACUGUUCACUGGGUGUCCAGGCCUUCUCUGCAAUCAAUCAGAAGCUGUAAACGUGGCUAGUGGAGAACAGACUAUUUCCCCAGGAAAACUCCCCUCCCCGACCUUGUCAUCUAGUGUAAAGACACUGACUUGGGCCGGUUUUCUUAAGGUAGUAUUUAAGGUAGUAUUCUUAAGGUAGUAUUGCUGUUUAAGGAGUCAAUAGUCUUAAUUUAGACUCUCCUCAGCCCAAGGCUAAUGCAAAUGUUUUGUGAUUUAUGUCAUUUUGCAGAGGCAAUUUGAAUAACACCUACAGUAAGGCAGGCGUGGUCUGCUAGCCAGUGAAAGAGCCCCUCUCGCAUUGUUGGUCCCCCAGUGCUCUGUGUCAGUGGGGGAUCUCUCCAGAAGUCAAAAGUGUAUUGAAAAAGCGGAGAGAGAAUGCCUCGGUGUGUAAGUGGAGUGAUGAGGACCUGAUCUCUGGGCCGUGUGGGAACACUGGCUGCCAUUUCAUCACAGUCAACCUGGACUCACAGAAUUUCAAGAGCUUGUUGGUUGGGUCAAGAAUGAACCGACGCAUGACGGCAUGCUGAUCCUGGGUUUCUAGUCGUCCUUUUUAACCUGCAAAGAAGCAUUUGCAGACGUUGUCUCAUGGGUACCGCUUGCCAACUUUGGAGGAUGUGAAGCCGGUAGAGAAAUAAAGCAUCGCCCCUCUGCGCGCCCCUCCCCGUCUGCUAGAAUGUUUCUCAUGAACGCUUCUCCAGUGGUUGCUCUCCAGUCCAAAUGGGAGGCCUUUGGCCCGCCAGGGAGCUGUAGGUUCCCCAGGUGCUUCUCGGAGGCUGAAGAGGGCGUGGAGAGCGCGUCGGUGAGCGCCCGGGUGCAGAUGCUUAUCAGCACUCUGCAGCGCGACGGGGCUGCUCGGGGCACCAGCGAUGAGCGCGCCACACAGAGGGGCCACAGGGCAGAGGGAUGCCACGACGCCAGGCCGGCUGCCAAGCCCACCGUGCACAAGGAGCCACCCGCGUUGGCUGCCUGUGGUCUCGUUGCUGACUUUGACCCCAUGGGGGAGGAGGAAACUGCAGACUUUGGCCCGUUGGUGCUAGAUUCAGACAGUGAUGAUUCCGUGGACAGGGACAUUGAGGAGGCCAUCCAGGAGUACCUGAAGGCAAAGAGUGGAGCCGCACAGCCCGGGGCCGGCGGGGCCCAGCCAGGUGCAGCCCAGCCUUCCAGGGCCGCAGGCGGAGGCAGUAGAUGUAAGCCGGAACCGGCUCACGGCAGUGCCCCGACUGCCCUGUGUCCCCCAAAACUUGGACCUGGAUCAGGUGGUGGCCCCGGCAGCCAGGUGGGAUCCAGCGAGGACCAGGGCUCCGCCUCCCCGGUCAGUGUGAGCAGCGAUGACUCCUUCGAGCAGAGCAUCAGGGCGGAAAUAGAACAGUUUCUGAAUGAGAAGAGACAGCAUGAGACCCAGAAAUGUGAUGGGUCAGUGGAGAAGAAACCAGACACAAAUGAAAAUUCCGCCAAGUCACUCUUGAAAUCCCACCAAGAGCUGCCUACAAAGGUGGUGCAUCGGCAGGGCCUGCUGGGUGUCCAGAAGGAGUUCGCCUUCCGCAAACCUCCCCGGUUAGCGAAGAUGAACGUGCAGCCCAGAAGCCUCAGGUCCAAGGUCACAACCACGCAGGAGAACGAGGGCAGCACGAAGCCGGCAACCCCCUGCCGCCCUUCAGAAGCAGCACAGAAUAAAGGUGGGAUCAAAAGGAGCACCAGCGCUGCAAGGAGGGGAAAGCGAGUCACGAGUGCGGCACAGGCGCCUGAGGCGUCCGACUCCAGCAGCGACGACGGCAUCGAGGAGGCCAUCCAGCUGUACCAGCUGCAGAAAACACGCAAGGAGGCCGACGGGGACCCGCCCCAGAGGGUCCAACUCCGAGAGGAGAGAGCGCCUGACCCUCCCGCACACAGCACAAGCAGUGCCACAAAAAGUGCCUUGCCCGAGACCCACAGGAAAACACCCAGCAAGAAGAAGCCAGUGGCCACCAAGACCACGGACCCUGGUCCAGGGGGCCUGGACACUGACCAUGCCCCCAAGCUCCUGAAGGAAACCAAAGCUCCACCUCCAGCGAGCCCUGCUUCCAGGAGUGAGUUUGUGGAACGGUCCUCGUGCCGGGCAGACACAUCUGCUGAGCUGAUGUGUGCAGAAGCAAUCCUGGACAUCUCCAAGACGAUCCUGCCGGCCCCUGUGGAGGGCAGUGACGGGUCCCUGUCCGCAAGCCCACUCUUCUACUCCCCGAACGUGCCUUCCCGCUCUGACGGCGACAGUAGCUCCGUGGACAGCGAUGACAGCAUCGAGCAGGAAAUCCGGACAUUUUUGGCCCUCAAGGCGCAGUCAGGGAGUUUGCUGGCCAGAGGUGAGAGCUGCCCGCAGGCUGCCCAGGGUCCACUUUUGCCGCCUGGCCUCAACAGCCAGACCGGCGGCCACAAGACCCCUCUCUCUAAAACACCAGACCCACUGCUGGGCUGCAAAAGGAAGCGUAGAGGUGGUGGCCAUGUGAGGCCAUCCACGCCCAAGAAAAUGCAGGAGGUGGUGAAAGACGGUAGCCAGGAUGCCGACCACAGCCAGGGGAGAGCUGAGCCCGGCCAUGAGGGGCGAGACCUGCCCAUCCAGGGCAAAGCCAGUGAGGCCCUGGGAGGGGAGGGCACCGCCAGGGGGCCUGGCGACACUCGCAUGUCACAGGGCCAGGGUAAGACAGACGAGGCAAGGCGCCUAGACGAGAAGGAGAGCUCCGAAGACAAAAGCAGCUCCCUGGACAGUGACGAGGACCUGGACACAGCCAUCAAGGACUUGUUAAGGUCCAAGCGAAAGCUCAAGAAGAGGUGCAGGGAGCCCAGGGCUGCGUGCAGGAAGAAGGUCAGGUUCAGCACAGCCCAGACGCACUUCUUGGAGCAGCUGGGCGGGCUCCGGAGGGACUGGAAAGACAGGGGCCCGCCGGUGCUGAAGAGCUGCCUCUCCAAGUCCAAGAGAGACAGUGGCGAGGGUCCUGGGAAGAAACCCCCCAGGGUCUUUGGCAGCACGGCAGAGAGGACGAGGCAGGAGGGCGCCGGGAGCCAGGACGCGGCCCUGGCCUUCCGGGUGAGGAGACCCGCCCCCGCCUCUGCCUCCGAAGGGAAUCCAUUCCCCAGGGAGUCCCAGGGCCCAGCUCCCAGCCCCGGCUCCCUGUCUGAUGACAGCAGUUCAGUGGACAGCGACGACAGCAUCGAACUGGAGAUUAGGAAGUUUUUGGCGGAAAAGGCCAAGGAGUCGGUGAGCAGUUCAGAAGUUCAGGCAGAGGGCCUCACCGCUCUCGGGACAGGGGGCCCAGCCAGGCCAGAGGUGCUGUGCAGGAAGGAGCCGGCCCCACCGCCUGGCGUGUGCACACGCAGCCAGAGGGCCAGGGGGGUCCCACAUCUGGCCGAAGGGCUUCGAGGCACAGAGAGCGCAGGAGCACAGGGCACAGCUGGUCUGUUCAGCCAGGGCGGGAAGGGGCUCCCCGCUGCUCCUGCCCGAGGGGAUCCGGUGCCGCCCAGGAGCACCAGCGGCGGUGUCUCCGCCAAGGGGCUCUCAGUGAGCAGGAGAAAUGUUUACGUUCACAAAGACCAGAGCCCACGAGGGACUGAGCCUGCUGCCAAAAGUGCUUUUGGUCAGCUGCCCAGCUGUGCCACAGCGGGCACCGAGGCAGGAGGCGCCAGAGGAACCUUUCACAUGGGCUGCGGGAGCCCGAGCUUCCUGACCCCCAGCCCGGGAGCUGAGAGGGACGCUGGAGCCCAGGCCGACCGCACACCGCCCUGGAGCGACUUCGCCCACCAGAGUCGGCUGCCCAGCCCGUGGGUGCUGCGCUCCGAAGGCAGAGAUGCAGUGUGGAGGGGGGGCGUCGGGAGCGAGAGAGACAAGGGGUCCGAGGGCCCCGCCCGGGGCCUGCCCAGCCUGCCCCUUGCGGGCUUCUCGCCGCUGCUGUCCACCCAGCUCUUCCACUUUGGAAAGGGUGUCUCCUGGGGGGGCAGGCAGGCUGGCCUCUUCAGCCCCCACCUGGGGCUGCCUCUGCAGGGCCCGUCCUUCUCGGCCUUCAGGGAGGCCCAGGCCGGACCCAGCCCUGUCUUUGGAAGCCCACACCUGCUGGCAAAGAAGGACGGCGGCCCCUGGCCAACCAGGAAGGCACAGACAGGGCUGAGUUUGCAUGACAGGAGGAGCUCGGGCUCGGAGGAAAGCAUUUUAGACCUGAGGUAUCGACGAAGGGUCAACAGGGAUGACCAGGAGCAGGACGCCUUGGGCAGUGACGCCAGUGACUUCAGCGACACCUCCACGGAGGACAGUGGCGGCAGCUCAGUAGUGAAGGUCUAAGCCCUCGAGCUGUGGGUUCGCGUCCUGGGUUGCGUGCAUUCGUGGAAAGCGGCGUAGCCGUGCGUGUAGCCGUGCGUGUGUGUGAUGGUUCCGUGGCUGCAAGGAGGGGAAACAGUCUAUUAUACAUAGCCCUGUAUAUAUGUACACCAACAUGAAACUUUUAUUUAACAGACGUGUCCUGGUAAAUAUGAUUUUUGUAGCUUUUUGUAAAUUAUUUAAAGUGAUGUAAAAAAUAUUUUUGGAAAAUACUGUUGUUCAAUUUUGUAGGGUGUUCCUAACUGCAGUUUUCUGUGUUCUGCAUACAAGUCUUAGAUUAGGAAACAUUUGGUUCUUAUCAUCACAGCCAGGUUCACAGAGGCUCUGAUGCUUUUUGGUUGAUUGCUGGUGAGAAUGGCCGGUGGUGGCUGCAGUGGUAGCCUGAGGAAGGCCGAGCUGCCCUCCCUGGGAAUCACUCAGAUGCCCCAAGAUGUCCAUUGGGAAGCUCCCAGGACAGCACUUUUUAUACAGAGGACACCGCCUCGGCCCCACGUCCUUAGAGGCCAGAGCACAUCUGAAAACUGCAAUCACAGCCGUCCGCUGGAAAAACGUUUCGAAGCACAGUGGCCAGCGAGCGAGCACGUGGCUACUCCCUGUUGCAUGUCAAAUCCACACAGAUGUCAGCGGCAGCUGCUCGGCAGCCCAGCCCUGGGCCUGGGUGGGUUCAUGUCCAAUCUUGUUCGAUCACUAGAUGAUUCUAACAUCGAAAUAAACCUCUUUUUAUAUGG